CCUUAUGCUUUUAACUUUCAGAUGAUAGAAACAGAAACUCAGGAAGUAGAUGGAUUAGAAAACAGCAGUGAAGAGGGGUUAGAUCUGGACCUUGUGUCGCAGAUGGCAGACAUGAGUUUAACGAGUGCAGCGGAGAUGAAAGCUCAAGCUGAUAAGAGAUUGAAAGAGAGGGUGCUCACUAUGGAUAAUCCGAUCUUUCAAGAAGCUCACGAGAGCUCCAAGAUUGCUCAGCUCAUCAAAGAGAUCAAGAAAAUACAGAGAUUAGAGACUAAAGAGAAAUCUGUGGUGGUGUCACAGUGGACGUCAAUGUUAGAUAUCGUACAUAAUCAUCUGAGGUGUGUUGGCAUCAAGUGCCUCACUAUAUCAGGUCAAGUCCUGGUUAAAGAACGUUCAGCCAUUGUUGAUGAUUUCAACUCGAAUCCCAAUGGGGCUCAGGUUAUGCUACUGUCCUUAGCAGCAGGUGGAGUUGGGCUUAACUUAGUGGGUGCUAACCAUUUGUUUCUUCUUGACAUGCAUUGGAACCCCCAACUUGAAGCACAAGCCUGUGAUCGUAUAUAUAGAGUGGGACAGAUGAAGCCUGUUUUCAUCCACAGGUUUGUAGUUCUAAACACAGUGGAGGAGAAAAUCUUGCAACUGCAACAAAAGAAGUUACAACUGGCUGAGGAUGUCUUGUCAGGUGCAAAACGUGCACAAAACAACAAGCUCACUCUACAAGACAUGAAGGAUAUCUUCAAUGUAGCCUGAGCCAGUUCACUUCAGACUAUUUUAUUGUGUGAAAUAUUAGUCACUUCUUAUGCUUUAAAAUACUCGGCAAGAUCAUCCUGUGUUCCUCAUGCUGAUUUAAGUUUUGCUGCCAAAUUAGGAACCGAGCAUGAGUCAGUGCGGCCUGAGUCAGUUCCUCAGACUAGUGUUUCUUAUCAGUUCCUCAGACUACUAGUGUUUCUUAUCAGUUCCUCAGACUACUAGUGUUUCUUACAUGUAAUUUCAAAAAAAAAAAAAAUUUGCUUGUAGGUAUUCACUGUUAUGUCACUGGUGAUUGUUAUUUAGUGAAAAAAAUUUUAAUGAAACUAAGUGUGUUCUAAUUCUUUGUUUUAUGAAAUUAAAUUUUAUAUUUAAAAAUCUUCUUUAAUGGGAUGAUAACUUUUAGUCAAAUGCUUUACAAAAUAAUGCAAUAAUUUUUUUAAAGAGAUUUUUCAUUGUAUUAUUCAGGUCUCUAUUUUUGUUAGUGUACAGUGUAUAUUAAAAUUUCAAAAUAUGUAAUCA